AACUCAUGAAUGCUCCUAGCAUUCGAGAUUAUUAAUUUAUUCCUAGUGCAUCUUAGCGCAUUCCACCGACCAAACUACAAACGUAACCUGAGUGGAGCUGGUGGAUGGAGGAUAACCUCAGCCUCUGAGCUCUUCGUUACACCUUCUCUGUUCCUCCAUUCACCGCCUAACGCACGUGUCAACAUUCCCCGACCUCCAAGCCUGCAAUCUUUGUCUGCAGAUUCUUUCUUCUUCUCCUUCUCUUUUCUUGGAAUUGUUCGAUUCUACCUCAAUUACGUUUAUCAGAAUAUCUCUCUCUGGCAUGAGCAGUCCUGAGCUGGAAGAAUUCUAGGGUUUCUCUCUCUUUCUCCAAAAUCAUGGAUUCGGAGGACGAUAUGCAUGACGCGAACGACAUUGAGUCCCUUGAUGAUGACUUCUACAGCGGCGGGACCGCCAUGGACUCCGAUGACGCCCUCGAGGCCGCAGACUUUGAGUUCAUUGACAAUGACUCCGAUGAUUCUGACGAACUUGUCUCGCAUCGUUACCAGCAAAACUAUACCAUUUUGAGUGAAGCUGAUAUAUGCAAGCGGCAAGAGGAUGAUAUUGCAAAGAUAUCCACUGUGCUUUCCAUUCCUGGAGUCUCAGCUAGGAUCCUGCUUCGCCAUUAUAAUUGGAGUGUCAGUAAAGUGCAUGAUGAGUGGUUUGCAGAUGAAGAAAAAGUCCGCAAGGCUGUUGGCUUGUUGGAAAAUCCAGUAGUUGAAUUUCCAAAUGCCAGAGAACUGACUUGUGGGAUUUGUUUUGAAACCUAUCCAUGUGAUAGGAUUCAUGCUGCUGCUUGCAGGCAUCCUUUUUGUAACUCAUGCUGGGCAGGUUAUAUUAGCACAGCCAUUAGUGAUGGUCCUGGAUGUUUGAUGUUGCGGUGUCCUGAUCCAUCCUGUGCUGCUGCUGUUGAUCAGGAUAUGAUAAACGUCUUGGCUUCUGAUGAAGAUAGGGAGAAAUAUUCUCGUUAUUUUCUUCGAUCCUAUGUUGAAGAUAACCGGAAGACCAAAUGGUGCCCUGCUCCAGGGUGUGACUAUGCUGUGGAUUUUAUUGUUGGUAGUGGAAGCUUUGAUGUUACAUGCCACUGUUCGUACAAUUUUUGUUGGAAUUACAUGAAUUUUAGCUUGCAGUGUACCGAGGAAGCACACCGUCCAGUUGAUUGUGGUACUGUGGCCAAGUGGAUUUUGAAGAAUAGUGCUGAGUCUGAAAACAUGAACUGGAUAUUAGCUAAUUCCAAGCCUUGUCCAAAGUGCAAACGGCCAAUUGAGAAAAACCAAGGUUGUAUGCAUAUUACCUGCACUCCACCUUGUAAAUUUGAAUUUUGCUGGCUUUGCCUCGGUGCAUGGACAGACCAUGGUGAGAGGACUGGUGGUUUUUAUGCCUGUAAUCGUUAUGAGACUGCAAAGCAAGAGGGAGUGUAUGACGAGUCCGAGAAACGGCGAGAGAUGGCAAAGAACUCUUUAGAGAGGUAUACCCAUUAUUAUGAAAGAUGGGCAACCAAUCAAUCGUCUAGACAAAAAGCACUUGCAGACCUACAGCAAAUGCAGACUGUGCAUCUUGAGAAGCUGAGUGACAAACAAUGCCAACCUGAAUCACAACUAAAGUUCAUAACAGAAGCCUGGCUACAGAUAGUAGAAUGUAGGCGAGUUCUAAAGUGGACAUAUGCCUAUGGAUAUUAUUUGCCUGAGCAUGAACAUGCCAAGAGACAGUUCUUUGAAUACCUGCAAGGUGAGGCUGAGUCGGGAUUGGAACGACUUCAUCAAUGCGCUGAGAAGGAUCUACAAAAUUAUCUUAAUGCGGAGGGCCCAUCAAAAGAUUUCAAUGAGUUCCGCACAAAGCUAGCAGGACUGACCAGUGUUACUAGGAAUUACUUUGAAAACCUGGUCCGAGCUUUAGAGAAUGGUCUGUCAGAUGUAGACUCCCAUGGUACCUGCAGCCGGAUGACAAGCUCAAAGAGCUUGGGAGGUGGGAGCAGCAAGGGAAGAGGUGGCAGGGGUAAGGGAACAGGAUCCAGAUCAAGUAGUUCCAGUAGAAACCUUGACGACUCAGGCCGCUGGUCUUGUGAAUACUGUACUUUUGCCAAUGUAGGGUCAACCACCGUCUGUCAGAUCUGCCAGCAACACCGGUAAACCUCAUCUCACCAAUAUACUUGCACUGGGAUAUUCCAGUUUUGCUCGGCUGGCUGAUCCCAGCCCCCAGUCUCCUCCUGAAGCAUUUCCAAGACAUGACUGGUUCUUCAUGUAUUAAACCACGGACAUCUUGAUAAAAGGAGAAUGGACUGGAUAUAGAAGAGACGAGGGUACAAAAGAGAAAAGGUAGAAAGCUUUCCCCAUGUUAUGUUUUCUUGUAUUAUGUUGUAUAUAGCUCCCAAGUAUUUACAUGAUCCAUAUCAGGAACAAAAGCAAAUGCAUUUAUCUAUAAUAUUCCAGCAUUUAGCUCCUUUGUAAUGAAAGGGAAUCGAAA